CGCCCAGUCGGCGGGUGGAUGAACGCGGCCUUCUGUAAUGGCGGAGCGUGGCGGGGACGGGGGGGACGGUGAGCGAUUCAACCCGGGGGAGCUCAGGAUGGCUCAACAGCAGGCCUUGAGGUUCCGAGGCCCAGCUCCCCCGCCAAACGCAGUGAUGCGAGGCCCACCACCUCUCAUGCGACCUCCCCCCCCCUUUGGCAUGAUGCGAGGCCCUCCUCCGCCACCCCGUCCCCCCUUCGCACGUCCUCCUUUUGAUCCUAAUAUGCCGCCAAUGCCUCCUCCAGGGGGGAUUCCUCCACCUAUGGGCCCUCCACACCUCCAGAGGCCACCUUUCAUGCCCCCGCCCAUGGGAGCCAUGCCUCCUCCUCCAGGCAUGAUGUUUCCCCCAGGAAUGCCGCCUGUGACUGCUCCUGGUACUCCAGCACUGCCUCCUACUGAGGAGAUAUGGGUUGAAAAUAAAACUCCAGAUGGGAAGGUUUAUUAUUAUAAUGCUCGGACACGUGAAUCUGCGUGGACCAAGCCAGAUGGAGUUAAGGUUAUUCAGCAGUCAGAACUGACACCAAUGCUUGCAGCCCAGGCACAGGUUCAGGCGCAGGCCCAGGCUCAGGCGCAGGCCCAGGCCCAGGCCCAGGCCCAGGCGCAGGCGCAGGCCCAGGCCCAGGCCCAGGCGCAGGCACAGGCCCAGGCCCAGGCCCAGGCCCAGGCGCAGGCGCAGGCGCAAGUGCAAGCACAAGCAGUGGGGGCGUCCACCCCCACGACCAGUAGCCCAGCGCCUGCAGUGUCCACGUCAGCAGCAUCAUCCACCCCAUCUUCAACCACUUCGACCACGACAACUGCCUCCUCGGUUGCGCAGACAGUAUCGACACCCACAACACAAGAUCAGACCCCAAGUUCUGCUGUUUCAGUUGCCACGCCUACAGUUAGUGUUUCAGCUCCUGCUCCUACAGCCACACCUGUGCAGACGGUCCCCCAGCCGCACCCCCAGACGUUACCUCCCGCUGUUCCUCAUUCAGUGCCUCAGCCAGCAGCGGCCAUACCUGCCUUUCCACCAGUAAUGGUACCUCCAUUUCGUGUUCCCCUUCCUGGCAUGCCAAUUCCACUUCCAGGUGUAGCAAUGAUGCAAAUAGUCAGCUGCCCGUAUGUAAAGACAGUCGCUACCACCAAAACCGGUGUAUUGCCAGGAAUGGCCCCUCCUAUCGUACCCAUGAUACAUCCCCAGGUCGCUAUUGCAGCUUCACCUGCUACCUUAGCUGGAGCAACAGCAGUUUCUGAGUGGACUGAAUAUAAAACAGCAGAUGGGAAGACAUAUUAUUAUAACAAUAGAACAUUAGAAUCAACCUGGGAAAAACCCCAAGAACUAAAGGAGAAAGAAAAAUUAGAGGAGAAGAUUAAAGAGCCAAUUAAAGAACCUUCUGAAGAACCCUUACCAAUGGAGACUGAGGAGGAGGACCCCAAAGAGGAGCCGCUGAAGGAGAUGAAGGAGGAGCCCAAAGAAGAGGAGAUGACUGAAGAAGAAAAGGCCGCCCAGAAGGCGAAGCCAGUAGCCACCACGCCGAUUCCGGGUACUCCGUGGUAUGUAGCUGGUUUCAUAAGUCGUUCGAUUGAUUGGCACCCGACCCCGACAAUGCUGUCCAUCCAGAAGUGGCAGUUCUCUAUGAGUGCAAUUAAAGAAGAGCAAGAAUUAAUGGAAGAAAUUAAUGAAGAUGAACCUAUUAAAGCCAAAAAACGGAAGAGAAUGUCAAAGAAGUCCUUUAUGUGGAUUGCCCGAGCUUCUCUAUUUAGGAGAGAUGAUAAUAAAGACAUGGAUUCAGAGAAAGAAGCUGCCAUGGAAGCUGAAAUUAAAGCAGCCCGAGAAAGGGCCAUUGUCCCUCUGGAGGCCCGAAUGAAGCAGUUCAAGGACAUGCUGCUAGAGAGAGGGGUGUCUGCUUUUUCAACAUGGGAGAAGGAAUUGCACAAGAUAGUUUUUGAUCCUCGAUACUUACUUCUCAAUCCUAAAGAGAGAAAACAGGUAUUUGAUCAGUAUGUAAAGACAAGGGCAGAGGAAGAACGCAGGGAAAAGAAAAACAAAAUAAUGCAAGCCAAGGAAGAUUUCAAAAAAAUGAUGGAAGAAGCAAAAUUUAAUCCAAGAGCUACUUUUAGUGAAUUUGCAGCCAAGCAUGCUAAAGAUUCAAGAUUCAAAGCAAUUGAAAAGAUGAAAGAUCGAGAAGCCUUGUUCAAUGAGUUUGUGGCAGCUGCAAGGAAGAAAGAGAAAGAGGAUUCGAAGACCAGAGGUGAGAAGAUUAAGUCGGAUUUCUUUGAACUGUUGUCUAAUCAUCACUUGGACAGUCAGUCUCGAUGGAGCAAAGUUAAAGACAAACUAGAAAGUGAUCCACGGUACAAAGCAGUGGACAGUUCAUCCAUGAGAGAAGACCUUUUCAAACAGUACAUUGAAAAAAUAGCCAAGAAUCUAGACUCAGAAAAAGAAAAGGAGCUUGAAAGGCAAGCCCGGAUCGAGGCCAGCCUGCGGGAGCGGGAGAGGGAGGUCCAGAAGGCUCGCUCGGAGCAGACGAAGGAGAUAGACCGCGAGAGGGAGCAGCAUAAGCGGGAAGAGGCCAUCCAGAACUUCAAGGCUCUUCUGUCUGACAUGGUGCGUUCUUCGGAUGUGUCGUGGUCUGACACCCGGCGGACUCUCCGGAAAGAUCACCGCUGGGAGUCUGGCUCCUUGUUGGAAAGAGAGGAGAAAGAGAAGCUUUUUAAUGAACACAUUGAAGCACUUACCAAAAAAAAGAGGGAGCACUUUAGGCAACUUCUGGAUGAAACUUCUGCAAUUACCUUAACAUCCACAUGGAAAGAAGUAAAAAAAAUCAUUAAGGAAGAUCCUCGGUGCAUUAAAUUCUCUUCCAGUGACAGGAAAAAACAAAGAGAGUUUGAAGAAUACAUCAGAGACAAAUACAUCACAGCCAAAGCUGACUUCAGGACGCUUUUGAAAGAGACCAAAUUCAUAACGUACAGAUCCAAAAAGCUAAUCCAGGAAUCUGAUCAGCACCUGAAAGAUGUAGAAAAAAUCUUGCAGAACGACAAACGGUAUCUAGUACUAGACUGUGUGCCAGAGGAGAGGCGCAAACUGAUCGUGGCGUAUGUGGAUGACCUGGAUCGCCGGGGUCCCCCCCCACCUCCCACGGCGUCAGAGCCCACACGACGAUCAACAAAGUAAUUCUGAAUACUCUUCCCCAGGGGUAUCUAUUAAAUCAAAAUGCUUGCAUGAGCCAAUUUUCAGGUUUUUACAUACAUGUGCAUUAGUCAAACUAUUGCAGAACCAUCCAAUGAACAGAAGGAGAAGCAUUCGUGAACAGUUUCUGAACAGAGAACACUUUGGAAAUAUUUAUGCUUUUCUUUGUGUGGCAUGACUGACAUACAUACUCAAAUGUAGGCUGUCUCUAGUAACUCUUAAAUCUUGAAGCUAAAAAUCAUCCCUUUAUGAGGUGUGGAAGUCAGUGACUUUUGGUGAAGUUCUUUCUAGCAGUGUUAUACACGCAAGACGUUCAGAGCAUUUGUGGUUUGAACUUGCAAGAUGCUAAUACCACAGACUCCAAGAAAACCUAAGUUGGGGUUUGUUAUGUUUUGAUUUUGUUUUUUAAAGCGGGUAAAAGAGAAAACACUGAAAAUUGAAUCCUUAUCUUCCAGAGGCUAAGAUUAUUAUAAUGGACAUACUUUUACCUUUGUCUCUAAACAACACUUCAGUUUUGUUUGUUCACUCUAUGCGCUUUGAUUAUCCCUUCUGAAUUAUAGGCCAUGUCUUGUUGUUUAGCCUAAGAGAAGAUUUAUGUAGUAAUUUCUUCUCAGGUGUGGAACUACGGUCAUAACUAACAUUUGACCCAAAUAGGACUGCUGGUUAAACAGGUUUUACUCGCCAUUAAGUGAUCUUUAUCAAUAUUCUGGAUUAGACAACAAAUUACCUUUCUUGGGUGUUCCCUGUAAACAGUACUCCUGUUUGAAUGUUAAACUUUUGUUUCUAAAGUUUAAUUUUAAGAUGUUUCGAUGUUCAGUUUAUGUAUUUGAACUACAAUAAACCAACCCUUUUUAUAUA